UUCUUUCCGCUGGACGGCGCAAGUGCACUAGCCAGACUCCAGCGCUCCUCUCCUCCUCCAGACUCCUAGAGGUCGCCAUCCGGAGGAGUGAGAGCGAUGCCGUGCGUGCGAGAGACGCUCAGACGCUCACAACAGUGAGGCGGAGCUGGGAAUGGAUCAGCUCCCGAAGCCUUAACUCAGAGCCUCCACACACUCGCCUACAACAGCAGGAAAUCCCGCGGUAGAGAAAGCCCAGGAGGAGCGUAGCGGGCGUCCUGAGGCCAACCAACUGUAUGAGGAAGACAGAGAGGUUUGAAACGGAUCGGCCCGGACUCGAUAUCAGGACGGGCAGAAGAGGAGCACAAAGCCGGUGGAGUGUCUCUGGAGCGGCGGAGAUCAGCCCAGCCCCCCACAUACACACACACAACCGGCCUGCUGCAUCUAGCCUGUUGCUGCUGUGUAUGGGAUAUCUCAAAUAGCAGAUCGCUCGUGUCUCAGCGACACACGUCUUGUAAGUAACGUUAGUUCCGAGUUGUUUAGUCUUUGUUCGGAGGCUGACUGGUGUGUUUUGCGGCGGUUGGCGGACUAUAGCUCUCUGCAGCUGGCUAAUGAGUUAGCUGUAGCAUAACGUCGUGUGUAACGUUACAGCAGCCUCACGAGCACGAUUUAGAAUGGUUAUCAGACCUAUUUUUAUUAUUACAAGACAAAACAUGUUUGAUAAAAGGGCGCGUGACAUGAACCGACGAGUCUGACGUAUUCGAACACCUCUGUAUGUGGACAGUCACUUAUUCCGUGCGACAUCAUCUCGUUUAAUUCAACGAGGGGACUGUUUAUGCUGCAAAACUGAAUCUAGCACAUAACAUGUGUGUUUUGUUGACUUCAUUCGGCUUCUGUUGAACCAAUCUGUGAAUGUGACUCGGCUUGUGUAUGAUCCUCUGGAUGUCCCCUGCCAUCACUGGAGUUAGUGGACUUUUGCAGGAGAACCGUUCACGCAAGGGCUUUUAUUUGACUGGUUUUUCUGGAUAAAGUCCAGGGAGUUGCGAGACGGCAGGACCAGCCUGUACCCCGUCGUUUGGCUGCUUGAGUGAGUCCCCGAUGCGGAGGGGCUGAGUGCUCCGGGACAUGCUGAAGUGUAUCCCGCUGUGGCGGUGUAACCGUCACGUUGAGUCCGUGGAUAAGCGGCACUGCUCGCUCACUGCGGUGCCCGACGAGAUCUACCGCUACAACCGCAGUCUGGAGGAGCUGCUCCUGGACGCCAACCAGCUGAGAGAGCUGCCCAAGCCUUUCUUCAGAUUGCACAAUCUGCGAAAACUGGGCCUCAGCGACAAUGAGAUUCAGAAAUUGCCGCCCGACGUUGCCAACUUCACACAGCUGGUGGAGCUAGACAUCUCUAGAAAUGAUAUUUCUGAGAUUCCCGAAAACAUUAAAUUCUGUCAGGCCUUGGAGAUUGCAGACUUCAGCGGAAACCCCUUGUCCAGGUUGCCUGAUGGCUUCUCACAGCUCAGAGGACUGGCUCACCUAUCACUCAAUGACGUGUCGCUGCAGUCUCUACCCAAUGACAUUGGAAACUUGUCAAACCUGGUGACUCUAGAACUGAGGGAGAAUCUACUGAAAUCUUUACCCUCCUCUCUUUCCUUCCUGGUUAAACUGGAACAGCUGGAUCUGGGCAGCAAUGUACUGGAAGUUUUGCCUGACACACUUGGGGCACUGCCCAAUCUUCGUGAGCUUUGGUUGGACAGAAACCAGCUCUCCUCACUACCUCCUGAGCUGGGGAACCUGCGGCAGCUGGUUUGCUUGGACGUGUCAGAGAACCGUCUAUCAGAGCUUCCCACAGAGAUCAGUGGCCUUAUCGCCCUCACGGACCUGCUGCUCUCUGAGAACCUCCUGGAAGUCUUGCCAGACAGCAUUGGCUCACUUAAGAAGUUGUCCAUUCUGAAAGUGAACCAGAACCGCUUGGUGCAUCUCACAGACUCUCUUGGCGAGUGUGAGAACCUGACAGAGCUUAUGUUGACUGAGAAUCUUCUCCAGUCCCUCCCUCGCUCACUUGGGAAGCUGAAGAAGUUGACCAACUUGAAUGUGGACCGAAACCGCUUGAGCAGCGUGCCAGCAGAACUGGGAGGAUGUGCCAGCCUGAACGUGCUCUCUCUCAGAGAUAACCGUUUGGGAAAACUGCCUGCUGAGCUCGGCAAUGCAACAGAAUUACAUGUGCUGGACGUGGCAGGCAACAGGUUGCAGAAUUUACCAUUCGCAUUGGCCAAUCUCAACCUGAAGGCUAUGUGGCUGGCAGAGAACCAGUCUCAGCCCAUGCUGAAGUUCCAGACAGAGGACGAUGAGCAGACUGGGGAAAAAGUUCUCACCUGCUACCUGCUGCCUCAGCAACCCUCAUCGAGCCUUGAGAAUCUACUGGAGAGGAGUGUUGAUGAAACCUGGCCCACAGACACUAAUUUGAACAGGGUAUCGGUCAUUCACUUCCAGGAUGACUCCAAACAUGAAGAGGAAGAUGAGGAGAGUGCAGCAGAGAAGAGGCAGGGUCUUCAGAGGAGAGCCACACCUCAUCCCAGUGAGUUGAAGGUAAUGAAGAAUGUCAUUGAAGCCAGAAGAAAUGAGGCUUAUACAGCCAAGCCAGAUGAGGAUCUGGAGUCCCCGGACUCUGAGGAAAAACGGUUGAGUGGGCUGUCCAAUCAAAGUCAUGAUUCUCAGGCAUCCAGUAGCACCGCCUCUGCCAAUUCUCAGGAUGAGAAGCGGGGUGUACACAGUACAGGUGUGGAGAUUAAUGAUGGUCAGGGUCAAGAGGAGGAGGAGCUGGAUGAGAUGGAGGUGGAGUAUACUGAGCCUACUGUGCACUUUGCUGAAGACCCCAUCAUCCGCGGCGGUGAUGAGGAGGAAGAAGAUGAGAAUGAAGAGGAUGAUGAAGAUGCUGAAAGGAGCGAUGAGGACCCUCGAACACCAUCUUUUCCUGCAGAGAAACAGCGGCUCAUACGUAAAGACACACCACACUACAAAAAGCACUUCAAGAUCACAAAGCUGCCCAAACCAGAGACUGUUGCUGCUCUGCUGCAAGGCUUCAGUCAUGACGGCCUCUCACCUACUGCUCACACCCCUGAGGACGAGAGGGAUGGUGAGGAGGAGGAGGAAGAUGAGGAGGACGAGGGAGGAGUAACAGUCAACACCCCUUUUCAACAAAGACUAGAAGCAGCUGAGUUAGAAGACAGCAGGCUGAGUCAGAUGAACUCGUCCCUGCAGCCAGUGAAGGGGGUGUCAUUUGAUCAAGUCAAUAAUCUGCUGAUUGAGCCUGCUCGAAUUGAGGAGGAAGAGCUGACCCUGACUAUCCUGAGGCAGACCGGUGGGUUGGGCAUCAGCAUAGCAGGGGGGAAAGGAUCUACACCCUAUAAGGGCGAUGAUGAGGGUAUUUUCAUCUCUAGAGUAUCAGAAGAAGGCCCUGCAGCUCGUGCUGGGGUCAAAGUGGGAGACAAACUUCUUGAGGUGAACGGAGUAGACCUGCACGGAGCAGAGCAUCACACAGCCGUCGAGGCCCUGCGCAAUUCAGGGACGGCCGUGGUUAUGACUGUUCUGCGAGAACGCAUGGUUGAACCGGAGAAUGCCAUCACCACCACGCCACUGAGACCAGAAGAUGAUUAUUUCCCCCGGGAGAGACGGUCCAGUGGGGUGCCUUUCCUCCUGGACCCUGCCUCUCCUGCUGUCAGCGCUGGACCGAUGCUGAAACUAGCCACUUGUCUGAUCCGAAACGAUAAAGGUUUAGGGUUCAGCAUUGCUGGAGGGAAAGGGUCGACCCCGUACCGAGUAGGAGACACGGGAAUCUUCAUCUCUCGUAUUGCUGAAGGAGGAGCUGCUCACAGAGACAAUAUCCUGCACGUGGGAGACAGGGUCAUAUCAAUCAAUGGUGUAGACAUGACAGAGGCCAGACAUGACCAGGCAGUAGCGCUGCUUACCGGCACCUCCCCCACCAUCACCCUCCUGGUUGAACGGGACCAGGCCAGUGCAGGGGGCGCCUCCCCUCGAACUCGACCUCAUUCGCCCCCUCCUCCAGAGCCGUCUGACUCACCUGAGCAAGAGGAAGGAGAUGAGCACCUUGGAAACCAUCUCAACUGCCCCAUGGAGGAUGAAUACCCCAUUGAGGAAGUGACGCUGAUCAAAGCAGGUGGUCCCCUGGGUCUGAGCAUUGUAGGGGGUAGCGAUCAUGCCAGCCACCCGUUUGGAAUUAAUGAGCCAGGGGUGUUCAUCUCAAAGGUCAUCCCCAAUGGCUUGGCCUCUCAGAGUGGACUUCGUGUGGGCGAUCGAAUCUUGGAGGUGAACACCAUCGACCUCCGACAUGCCACACAUCAGGAAGCUGUCAGAGCCUUGCUCUCCAACAAGCAGGAGAUCCGCAUGCUUGUGCGCAGAGAUCCCUCGCCCCCUGGCAUGCAGGAGAUUGUCAUUCACAAGCAGCCUGGAGAAAAGCUGGGCAUCAGCAUCAGGGGCGGAGCUAAAGGCCAUGCAGGCAACCCCUUUGACCCCACAGAUGAGGGAAUCUUCAUUUCCAAGGUGAGCUCGAGCGGAGCAGCUGCACGGGAUGAUCGACUGCGAGUAGGCAUGCGUAUUCUUGAGGUGGGCAACAACAGUCUGCUGGGUAUGACACACACGGAAGCAGUGAGGGUCUUGCGUGCUGCCGGUGACUCUCUGGUCAUGCUUGUGUGUGAUGGCUUUGAUCCAAGAAACGCUGCAGGCAUCGAGGCAUCGCCUGGUGUUAUUGCAAACCCGUUUGCGUCAGGUAUUGUUCGUAAGAACAGUAUGGAGAGCAUCUCAUCAGUCGACAGAGACCUGAGUCCGGAAGAGAUUGACAUCAUGCAGAAGGAGGUUGAGAUGGUGAGAGAGACGUCCCAGUGGGAACGGGAGGAGAUGGAUAAAGUGGAGCGCAUGCGCUUGGAGCGUGAGGAGGCAACUCGUUUGCUGGAGGAGGAAACUGAGAAUUUGAGCACUGGACCACUGAAACUGGACUACAAGACACUGGCGGCUCUACCUACCACUAGCCUACAGAGAGUUAAUCGAUUUUCUCCCUCCUUUGCUACAUUCUUCACAAUGGAGGCUGCCAUGCCGGCCGUCCCUGUAGACCCCCUGGGUUUUGAGAAAGUCCAUGCCUCUAUGUACCACAUAGAACCUGUUGCCCUCCCUUCAUCUCCAGUCUGCCCAGCCGCAAGUUCAGCGGCUUCAAAACCUCCCCCAGCUGACACAUGGGACCCCCUCCCAGCUCCAGGAGUCCCACAAGAAGCUACAGAGGAAGAAGAAUGUCUUGUGGACUCCCAGCCAAUCUGCUUUAGUGAAAAUCCCUUCCUUGUGGCUAAUCGCAAGAGCAAAGGCUGCCCUCCUGACGAGCGCAUUUUAUCUGGGCCACCUGUGGGUUAUGGCAGGCAUGGGCAGCUGCAGCCCUGGUUGUACAGCAAGUCUUCACCGUCGGAGCCUCACAGGAUUGACAGUCCUGUCCGAGAUGCUGCACACUCUCCACACAACUCCCAGCAGUCCCACAAGUCUUCCUCUGUGAUGCUUGGAAGGGAGGUUCGAUAUUCAAACAUUAAUUUCCCUUCAAAUGCAAACACCAAGGAUAAUUCAUCAACUAAACCUGGUGCCAUCCAGCCCCUCUCUCGGGUGCGACCCGCUGUGUCUCCAGCCAGUCAGGAUGGCAACAGCAGUCCCAACCCUUUCCAGCAUGGCCUCUCUCCCAUCAACUCUCAGACCACUCCUAGUGCCCCAUCCCCUGACACACAUGAGGAAUACCCCAUCAAUAUCAAGCAGGUAUAUAAGGCCUUCGCAGCUGUGCCACACUCCCUGGCUGUACUGGAAGCCCCACAGGAUCUUUACUCUCCGCGGAACAAUGUCAGCGCAAAGCAACCGUCACCAGAGCCUGAGCUGAAUAAUGAGGUCUUUAUGGAUGAGGCUGAUGGAGAGGGCAGUGGUCCUCUCAGGGCUCGUCCCUCCCUCUCAUCUGAUCGCCGCGAGUACAGGAGCCUGGCAGCCGUGCCACAUAUGUCUCGCCCCUCGGUGGAGUCGAAGACUCCCUCCUCUUUUGGCAGAGACAGCCCAGAGCAGCGCUCCUUCAGAGACAGGCAGAAAUAUUUUGAAAUUGAUGUGAAGCAGCAGACACCAGACAAACCCAAACCUCGCAUCUCACUUGUGGGGGAAGAUGACUUGAAGAAAAUGAAAGAGGAAGAAGCAAAACGAAUUGAACAGAGUGCACGAGAGUAUAUGCUGGAUGAAGAUGAGGAGGAUGAGGAGGAAGAUCUGGCGAAGCAGGUGGCAGAUAUGAAGGCUCACGGAAAGGUUAUCCUCGAUGGUGUGGAGUACAAGGUGGAGAGCUUGGGAGGCCACAGUUCCCCUUCUCCUAGGCAGUGUGCCACACCUCCCAGCCACUGUGGCAGCUCCGGUCCUUCCUCCGUGGAUGGUAAAGGAGACUCUCAGCGGAAUUCAAUGGAAGACAGCUUCAGACUGGAACAGAGACCCAACUCCAUGACGGGUUUGAUCCCAGUUUAUCCUGGUGAAUCUGUGGCUCCCAUUCGGACGGCCAAAGCAGAGCGUAGACAUCAAGACCGCCUCCGCAUGCAGAGCCCAGAGCUUAGUGUUGCCAUGGACAAGGAGCUAUCCCCUGCUGAAAAACGAGCCUUGGAAGCAGAGAAGAGAGCCAUGUGGAGAGCAGCCAGGCCUUAUGGUCUAGAGGAGGACGUAAGGCAGUAUGAGCAAGACCUGGCUAAGCGGCUCUACCAGUCCCGUGUGAGGGCCUCUCUAGGCAGCGCUGCAGCUUCUCCCACUUCCUGCUCCUCCUCUUCCUGUCAGCCCAGGAUGAAGUCUCUGGAGCAGGAUGCUUUGAAGGCCCAGAUGGUCAUUGCAAAGUCUAAAGAGGGGAAGAAGCGUGGGACGUUGGAUCAGCUGUCAGAGUCACCGUCCCCUGCGCCCACACCCUCUCCAACACCAAUGGAAGAUAUCAGUCCACGGGCAGUGACUUCACCAGGCAGACUGUCCCUGUCAGAAAAGAAGUUUGACUACCGACAAUUUGCUGCCAUUCCUUCUUCCAAACCCGUUUACGACAUUCAGUCUCCUGGUGCAGGUGAUGACGUGCGCUUCAUGGAUGAUGCCUCCAGUAACCCAGGCGACUUCCUUGGAUAAGUGCUCUACUAAUUUUGUGUCUGUUGUAGAUCCAGAAGUUCCUUUGGCCACCACAUCUGCUCUAGAGGAGAUGGCUCUCUACAGUAACAAGCGCAAACUACGACAGGGCCGCCGCAGCCUGGAGGCUCCUGUGCCCACAUAACCGUACACUCACACACUAAUGCAUCUGAACUGUGAAGAUAAAACACACAUAGUGAUCAUAUAAUGCUUAAGAGAUGCUCUGAAAUACACAUUGUACACCGAUAUUAAACCACUCUUAUUUCAGUGCCCACAACACAGGGGUGGGAGGUGAGUCUCCCAAACACUAGUUUUGCUCAGAUUUUACUAUGAGAAGUCCAGACGAUGACUGAUUGAUUGAUUCAUUUUACCCAGUUUUCUAUCUGUCAGAAGAGUUAUUUUAAGAGAUGCUGUGGGUUUCUUUCUUAACACUUUGGAAACCUCCUCUGUAAAUGAAGAUGUUGAAUGGCAGAAAAGGAGCUAUUUAAAUGUAACCGUGUUCUUGUUUUGGGAGAUUCAGUUUGCAGACAACAUACUGCUACCUUCACUGCCCCAUGUAAGCCAGACUCUCACUCGUGUUGCUUUAAUUCACAUUCAGAAAAAAAAGUUUUUAUUCCUUUAAGUGUAAUUUAUUAAUGUAAUAUACUGCUUUUAAUCAAUGGGAUUCCAAUGCAACAAAGGAACAAAUUAAGGCUUUUUGACAUGUAUAAGCUGAUUACUUGUGAUUUUGUGACAAAUUUAGAUUUUUGGUUCUGGGAUAAAUUUUAUUGGACGCAACAUUUUAAAAUUGAAAAAUGAGGCCUUGGCAUAUGGAUAUAAAAUUUCCAUUUUAUAUCUAUAUCACUUUCAAAACAGAAUCUCUUUUUUUAAGGUGAUGCAAAUGAAUGUACUAUUUUUGAAAGGUUGCAUCUGCCCUUAUUUAAUGAUCUGUUUGGUAAUAUGUAUGGUCAUGACAUAUCAUAAAGUCUGACCUACUGUAUUGAGUAGUGUCAGUCUAAACCUUUUAACUGAUUUCUAGUCUUCCUUUACUGGACUAGGAGAGUAAAAUGAAGUGGAUAAUGGUUUCACAAGUUUGUGUUCCUUUGGUGAUCCUCUUCCUCAAGGACACUAAAACGCAUCCUCCAUUUUUAUUUCUUCUUCUUGUUCUGGGCCAUGUAUGCAUAGAAUCAUUCCCUUUGCUACACAGAGUGAGCAGAGUGGAGAAUUCACUCUUUAACAACCCAUAAUUCGCCAGACCUCACUUUACCUCUCCAUAAACAUAAGGUACACUUUUGGGAGCGGGAGGAAAUCGAAUCAUCUGAAAACAUCAGAUCUCUAUUGGCAUCUAUGAAUCUUUCUCAUAUCUUUUCUUUCUUUUAUUCUGACAUGUGUGUGAAGGUAGUAGAUGUUUUCUAAUCUACACUUUAAAUAGUUUUAAAGCCACUGAAAAGCUGAUUGUGUGAAUAAUGUAUAAAUGCUAAAAAAAACAAAAGAAGCAAAAAUCAGAGUUGAAUCUGAGCCUUUCUGCCCCGAGACCAAACUAAAGUCUGGAGGGUAUAGAUGAUUCUACCAGGGUCUUGACUGAAUGAUCCCUGUGUUUGUAUAUUGGCUUAUUGCAAUUUUGCAAUUUUAUUGUCAAUCCUGUGUGAGGACUAAUAUGAUAGACUUUUAUUACUUCUUCAAAUAAACAGUUUUAUUUCA